CAAAAUAAAUGCCGGCAAAGGCAGCGCUCAGUUUAAAUUUGAAACGCGUCGUGGUCGCAAGUCAAAGAUGCUGACGAAGCUGUUGAAAAUCAGCUGCACCUCGCAGAAGUGCACCUUUGCCAAGCCCUUCCAGGCUAUGCCCGGACCACGCGGCCCCUUUGGCCUCGGGAAUCUAUAUAAUUAUAUGCCCGGUAUUGGUGCCUACUCGUGGCUGGAGCUGCAUAAGGCCGGGCGGGAUAAAUAUGAGAAAUAUGGUUCAAUAGUGCGUGAGACUAUGGUGCCGGGCCAGGACAUUGUGUGGCUCUAUAAUCCCAAGGAUAUUGCGACGCUGCUAAACGAACGCGAGUAUCCACAGCGACGUAGUCAUCUGGCCCUGGCACAGUAUCGCAAGCAACGGCCCCAUCUCUAUCGCACCACUGGGCUGCUGCCCACAAAUGGCGAGGACUGGUGGCGUCUACGCUCAGAGCUUCAAAAGGAGUUGAGCGCUCCGCGAAGUGUGCGCAGUUUCGUUCCGGCUGUCGAUGAAGUGACGCUGGAAUUUAUGGAGUAUCUGAAGCAGCAACCUGAAACCGAGACUGGCAUUGAUAUGUUGCCCAAGCUAACGCGUCUAAAUCUGGAACUUACCUGUCUGCUCACUUUUGGAACGCGUCUUCAUUCCUUCUCGCCUCGAGAGCAGCUACCGCAUUCCCGUUCGACACGCCUUAUGGAGGCCGCCGAGACCACCAAUAGCUGCAUCUUGCCCACCGAUCAGGGCCUACAGCUGUGGCGUUAUAUGGAAACGCCCAGUUUUCGAAAACUACGUCGCGCCCAGCUAUAUAUGGAGAGUGUGGCCCUCGAGUUUGUGGAGGAAAAUAUGAAGGCGAACGACAGCAGCGGCUCCUUGAUCUCUGCUUACAUUAAGAAUCCACAACUCGAUCGAUUUGAUGUCGUUGGCACUGCCGCCGACUUGCUAUUGGCGGGCAUUGAUACGACCUCGUAUGCCUCGGCUUUUCUCCUCUAUCAUGUGGCCAAACAUCCGGAUGUGCAGCGGCGCAUCUAUGAGGAAUCCUUGAAGCUACUGCCCAACCCAGAGAAGGCGCUUUGUGCCGAUUCCCUGCGCACAGACAUCACAUAUACGCGUGCCGUGCUCAAGGAAUCGUUGCGCCUUAAUCCCAUUUCCAUUGGCGUUGGUCGCAUACUCAAUCAGGACACAGUACUCGGUGGUUACUUUGUGCCUAAAGGUACCACUGUUGUAACCCAGAAUAUGGUGGCGUGUCGCCUACCUCAGCAUUUUCCGGAGCCUUUGCGCUUCCUACCCGAGCGCUGGCUGCAGCAGCGUAGCGCUUUGAAUCCCUAUCUGGUACUGCCCUUUGGUCAUGGCAUGCGCGCCUGCAUAGCACGUCGUCUGGCUGAACAGAAUAUGCAUGUCCUGCUUCUCCGGCUGCUACGCAACUACGAACUCAUCUGGCGUGGUCAAACGGAAGCCGAGCUAGACGUUCUUACGUUGCUGAUCAAUAAACCCAACGCACCAGUACUGAUUGAGUUGCGGAGGCGAUUUGAGUGAUUUGCAAGUCAAUAUCUCAACGCGAGGGCUGCACGAAGCACGAGUAUUUAUACAAAUUUGUGUUUGUGGUUCAUUGUUU